AUGAGUGAAUCAAAAUCAAAUUACAAAAAGAUCAGAAUCAGCGGAUCAGAAUCAGAUCAAAAUGCCGCUGAAUCAUCCAAAUCAACGGCAUCAUCAGAUGUUCGUAAAUCACAGCAACGCGUGGCACAAAACUGCCUUCUCCUAUGGGUUGAUACCAGCAUCGACCAAACAAACGAAGAUUAUGAAAAUACAUUAAAACAAAUACGAACCAUUAUUGAUGAUGUCAAUGUCUUUACGCAACGAGAUGCAUGCAUCGAAUUUCUUACAGAUGCUCAAGAAGACAUCAAGUUUUUUCUCGUUAUCAAGGAUACUAUGUGUCAACAAAUAAUGCCGCUCAUUAAUGGUAUUCCUCAGCUGUAUGGUAUUUAUAUUUUUAAUGAUACUAAAAUGCUACAUGAAGAAUGGACAAAACAAUGGGACAAAAUCAAGAGCAUGCAUACCAACAUCGAUGAUCUAUGUCAAGCAUUACAAAAUGGUAUCAAGCAGUUCAACCAAGACUCAAUAGCCAUGAGUUUUAUCACAGCAAAUGAAAUGGCUUCGACGAAUAAUUUGAAUCAGUUGGAGCCAACUUUUAUGUAUACCCAGAUAUUCAAGGAAAUUCUUCUUGAUAUGCAACAUGGUGAACAGGUCAUUAGACAGUUUAUUGCUUAUUGUCGAUAUAAUAACUGCGUGUCGCCAACCAAUAUUAACCGUUUUGAGAAUGAAUACAGUUCUAAAUUAGCCAUUUGGUGGUAUACUUUCCCAUCCGAUAUCUAUUCUAUGCUCAAUUAUGCUCUUCGAACAAUGGACGCCGAUAUAAUUAUUACUAUGGGUUUUUUUCUACGUGAUGUACAUGAACAAAUUCAACACUUAUACGAACAACAAGUCAAUAGUUAUGGAAGAAAACCUUUUUUAGUUUAUCGAGGACAAGGCCUUAUGAAAUCAGACUUUGAGAGACUUCAAAAAACCAAAGAUGGACUUCUGUCAUUUAACAACUUCUUGUCCACUAGUAAAGAUAAAGAAUUAUCCCUCGUUUUUGCUGAAUGUGCUUCGACUAAACCGGAUACGAUUGGCAUUCUCUUUUGUAAUGUCCAUUGA